AUGCUGGAAAUACCAUGCCGAGCUGUUGGGACGCCGGAGCCAUCAAUCGCUUGGGAGAAAGAUGGUUUCCAGAUUAUCGCCGAUGAUGUUGUUCACAUUGAUGGAGCUGGAACAAUACGUAUCGAGCGAGCACAGUUGCCGCACCGGGGGAAUUAUAGAUGCAUAGCAACAAAUCCGGCUGGACGAGAUGAUCGCAACACACUUGUUAUCGUUCAAGAACCACCUACAAUCUCGCCGAGCACUUUAUCGGAUUACACGACGGUUGAGGGCGAUCGUAUCGAACUGCGUUGUUUUGCAACAGCUAAUCCUGCGCCGAGCAUAUCUUGGAGUCGGAAAGGCGUCGCGAUAACGGAGGACACAGAUCGGAUGGAGGUGUUGGAUGAUGGCACACUUGUCAUUGACGAUGUCGAGGAUACCGAUGCCGGGCACUACAUCUGUAAAGCAUCCAAUGCUGCUGGCCACAUCGAGAAGCUGCACCUGAUAUUCCGGAUCAAGAAACGAUCGUAA